AUGGGUAGAUACUCCAGAAUCAAGUCGCAGACCAAUGUCGCUAUCACUUGGCUCAUCGAGACUGCCUUCGAGCACGGCAGCAAUGUGCAAGUCAGUGGCGAUACCAACUCCAGAGCUUCAGCCGCGGCAACGCCUACGAGCACUUCGAUCAAGACAGGCCGGUUGAAGGGAAAAGCGCGCAAAGAAGCAAAAAAGAAGGAGCAAUUGCAAAGUCAAGCACCCGCACCUAAGAUCAAGGCCUCGAACACAAUCUACAAAGUGUCAACCGAGGAGAUACUUCGCCAAGCUCGCUAUCUGAAGAAUCUUGACCAGGAACUCGUCAUGUCUAAGCCUGCAUGGAACGCCUUCAAGGAAGCUGUGCGAGGCCGUACAGAGUACGCCACCAAAUUCGCUAACAAACAACCGGACCAUGAAGGUAACGCCGGUCACGUAUACUUUCUCGAUACACUUCGACAGGUAGUCGACAUGAUCGGAAAUGUUGUUCGAGUCCAAGAAACCUCUUUGGAUAAUUCGGCAAAACGACAAGACACGGAUCUGACCUCUCAUAAUCUGUUUGACGUCCUCCGGGACGUAGAGCUGACCGAUGGUGUACAAGGAACAGCCAACCUAACUACACCUCCCGAUGAAGGUCUAGCUUACGGAGCGGCUGCAGCUGUACCGUCAGCUCGUUAUGAGCCGGCCAUCGACUCCGACGAGGAAUCACGGUUGCGUUGGCUCUGUUUCAAGGAUGACGCUGAUUCAAUUACAUCAUGGGUAAUCAACCUAUGGAAGCAGUACUUUGACCAGUCUGAGGAAGGUGUAAGCUUAGAGACUACAUCUCUCCUAUCAGAUCUAGCGCUCGAUCUGUUGUAUAAGAUCGAAGACGACAUGGAGCAUAACAACGACAAAGUAAACGAAGCCAUGUUCAAGGAGCUAGCCUCACUCUACAAUUGGAGUUCGACCGCCCUUGCCCUCUUCGAUUUCCGCGUCGCUGCAUAUGAAGGUAGAGGAUACCCGGCUGUAGUAAAGCUGGUACACAAGAGACAACCCCAACUAGGUCUCGAUCCGUACAAGGAUUUUAUCCUAUUUGACGCUAAAUUUGUACGCUAUCUUACAGAGCUACAGCUGGAGAUGUAUCUCGAUCUCAGUGUUGCCAGGAAAGAACAACUUAUCAGGUCAUGCGUAUCAAUUCCCGACCUCGCAGGGACGGCCGAGGCGCGUCUACAAUUUGGCGAGGAACAUAUUAUACCAUCGGAAGACCAAGACUUCCUGCGCAAAAACAAUCCCCUUACACCGGCAAAGCUAGCUCUCAACCUGCAGUUCCUACGGGCUGAGAUUGGUUUCGAUUUCGCGAACGAUGAUCGCAGCUUGUUCCUCAUGUGCCAUUUGUAUAACGCACUUCGGCAACUAGGCUAUCUUGAAGUUCCGUGGAAAACGCUCGACUCACUGAUCGACAUGCACAUGAAGACCAUAUUCCUUGGUGCACUUCCUACGGAAAGCGCAAAGCAGAUGAGCAACCGCGUUCUCAUCGCGCUCGGAUGCGCGCCAGAACUUGUUCGAGCUCGCAACACUGGGAAAGGUCGGGAGGCAACUAUCAAGAACCUCGCGGUAUUGCGAGAGAAGAGAUCUGGCGCCCUGUGCUUCCCACCCAGCAUGGCUAUCGUUGCAGAUCAUCUGCAUGAUCGUGAGCCUCUACGCCGCACAUUGACGCGUCUCGAUGCUGAGAUGGUCGCGAAACACUCUAGAGAGAGUAAAAACUCCCGCAUCAAAUCGUUCCUCGACGAAGAGAACCCUACCACCGUUCUCGAGCGUCUCCGCAACCAUGUCUCAGACUUCCCACGGUACCUAGCGCUCGACUGUGUUGAGCUGACACGCAUUUGUGGCGGUCUUCUUAAGAGAUUUAGGUCAGAUGAGAUGAAGGUACUCAUGAAGCACGCAGAAUUGGACGCAGCACACCAGCAAUAUGUCGCGUUGCUAAUCAUUCAAGAGCUCGACAUGGAAGAGUAUAUGACACGACCAGGUAUGCCUGUACGGAAAUUCGCGCACGCGAUAGAAGCCGCGGCUAUACUGAAGGAGUACAUUGAAGGUGGCGAGGAUGCUCGAGCAGCGGUUCAAGACUACGUGCAGCGCAGGUAG